UCAGCAGAUUUGAGCUGGUGGAGAUUUGCUGGUGAUGGGGACAUUACCUACUCACUUGUUCUUAGCCUUUCAAGUCCAAGUCAGUUCACUGAAGACUGCGGAGGCAAAUGGUUCCACCAAAUUACCUGAUAGCUGCUAUGUUAAGGAUUUCCAGUGAUGCCUGGCUGAUAUCUACAGAUCUGACAAGUAGUAUGACCCAAGCGUGCAAUGCAGCAAUACAAAGACAAGAAAAUAUGACAAAACAUCUAUAACAAAAGACGUCCUUGUAUUGAGCAGCCUGGAGAAUACUGCAUUUUCCCCUGCAAAAAAGCUGCUAUAGUCCACAAACUAUUAAAAUGCCUUUCCGAAGGAGAAAAAGGCUGCAGUGGAACAGAAUUUUGUUCCUAGUAUCUGUGAUGUUUCUCUGCUCACUAUACCAGCUGUCUGUCAACCAUAAUGUAGAUACAGGACCUUGGACAGAGAAGGAACUAGAUGAUCCCAUCUCUGUGAGGGAGAUACAAGAAAAGGAGCUUAUUAGUGUGUCUGUUAAAGACCUAGGAAAUCAGUCAGUCCCAAUAACCGCCACUACUUCUACUACCUCUACCCCUACUCCAGAAAAGAUAACAGAAAGGACUAAAAUUAGGCACUGUAUUUUAUGGGACCCAGAUCCAAUAACACCCCCCAUCAAACCAAGACCUACUACCACUUUAACACCAACCACAGAAAAGACUAAAAGUUCCACAAAACCCCCUUUGCCUCAUGCCAAGGGAGAGUACCCAGCGGACUUGUUCAGCAUAGAGGACCGCAGGAAAGGUUGGGUGUCACUUCACAUCUUUGGAAUGAUGUAUGUAUUUGUGGCCCUUGCCAUUGUUUGUGAUGAAUUCUUUGUCCCAGCUUUGGGGGUGAUCACUGAGAAGUUACAGAUUUCUGAAGAUGUUGCUGGUGCAACUUUCAUGGCAGCUGGAGGGUCUGCACCUGAACUCUUCACAUCUCUUAUUGGUGUAUUCAUUUCUCACAGCAAUGUUGGCAUUGGCACCAUUGUGGGCUCUGCUGUUUUUAACAUAUUGUUUGUUAUAGGCACAUGUGCCCUUUUCUCAAGGGAGAUCCUUCGUCUGACUUGGUGGCCCCUCUUUAGGGAUGUCUCCUUCUAUAUCCUUGACUUGAUCAUGCUCAUCAUUUUCUUCCUGGAUAACGUGAUCGAGUGGUGGGAGAGCAUGCUGCUGCUACUUGCCUAUGGGCUAUAUGUUGGCUUCAUGAAGUUAAAUGUACAGGUGGAGUCAUGGGUGAAAGGGCACCUCUACAAACAAAGACGUCUUGUUAAAGUCAUGGCCUUGGAAGACACAUCCAAGGUUUGUCAGAAAGGCAAUGGAGCAGUUGCACCGGAAGAACCAAAGCCGCCAGAAGACAACAACAGGUUAAAACUGAAACCAUUCCUUACUAGAGGUGGGAGCUCAGCCUCACUGCACAACAGCACCAUGCGCAGCACCAUCUUCCAACUUAUGAUCCAUACCUUGGACCCUCUCGGAGAAACAAAAUUUAAAGACAAAGUUGAAAUCAUGAACAACAUGGCCCAGGCCAAGGUAGAAACAGAGGCCAAAAAAGGACUGAAAGCCAAAGAUGAUAAAGAUGACCCUGAUGUCCCCAAUACUGUGAAUGUACAAGUGACACCAGCCACUGGCUCAGAGCCCUCCAGAGAUGCAGAGCAUGAAGAAAUGGACAAAGAUGAUGUUCAGAAAAGCACAGGAGAAGGGGGUGGUGGAGGGGACAGCUCUGGCAGCAGCGGUGAUGACACUGAUGAUGAUAGUGAUGAUGAGGACAGUGAUGAAGAUGAUGAAGAGGAAGAAGUGGAUGAGCCUCUGUCUCUGGAGUGGCCAGAAAAUAAGAGAAAGCAGAUCACUUACCUGUUCCUUCUGCCCAUAAUCUUCCCUCUGUGGCUGACACUGCCUGAUGUGAGGAGUCAGAAAUAUAGGAAGUAUUUUCAUCUGACGUUCCUGGGAUCCAUAAUGUGGAUUGCUGUAUUCUCAUACCUGAUGGUAUGGUGGGCCCACCAGGUGGGAGAAACAAUAGGGAUAUCGGAGGAGAUCAUGGGACUGACCAUCCUGGCAGCCGGCACAUCUAUUCCUGACCUCAUCACUAGUGUCAUCGUAGCACGGAAGGGCCUUGGGGAUAUGGCAGUUUCCAGCUCAGUGGGGAGCAAUAUCUUUGACAUAACUGUGGGAUUGCCAGUUCCAUGGUUCCUGUUUUCGGUGUUUAAUGGCUUUAGCCCUGUACCAGUCAGCAGCAAUGGCCUCUUCUGCGCCAUUGUCCUCCUCUUCCUCAUGCUCCUCUUUGUCAUCUUCUCCAUUGCCACCUGCAAGUGGAAAAUGAACAAGUUUCUGGGCUUCACCAUGUUCACGCUGUACUUUGUGUUUGUCAUUGUCAGUGUCAUGCUAGAGGACCGGAUCAUUGUGUGCCCUAUUUCCAUAUGAACCAACCCCACCUGCACGCUCACUAGCCACGGGUUGCAACUCUGUUCAAUUCUUUUCAUUAGAAAGUCCAUCAGUUGAUUUAAUUAUACAAGCACCACUGUAUUUUGUGCAAAUUCUUUAAGUUGUAGGACUGACUUUACAAUGAAUAUAUU